CAGUGCAACAGCUGAUUUGCUAUCAGUUUUUUUUGUGACCAAAAGUUUUUGUCUGCGUAAUGUAAAUUAUAAUGCGGAAUUAGAAGGCCUGUGCCCAGAAAACGGAAGACCGGCACUUGGAACCUGGAACCCGGAACCCACAAUGAGCGAUGCGGCCUACUCGGGAUUCUACGGCAGUAACCAGUUGCACUUGGUCCCGCUGUCGCAUCCGCAUUCGCAUCUCCCGCUGCAACAUGCACAUCCCCACCAGGAUCUGUCGUUAUCCACGCCGGUUCACGCCUUGGAGCACGACUCCAACUUCGGCUUCUUUGACGACGAGCUGGUCAUCGGCAAUGGAAAUGGAACCUCUUCGGCAUCGGUAACUGCACCCACAUCUGGAACUUCUGUUUGGCUGCCCGAUGGCGGGAUCAGAUCCCCAGAAGCGGUGGGGGAAUCCCAGCCCAAUACGAGCAUUCCCUUUGUCCAGAUCCACACAACGGAUCUGCAGCAGCAGCCGGAGAAGAGCUACCGCAAUGCCUUUCGUCGGCGCACGGCGGAAAUCAAAUCGGAGGCGGAGCUGAUUAAAUCGGAACUGGCAGAGGCGGCGGCAAAGGAGCGUCUGAAUGCCACGCCCACGCCGCCCACACGGAACUCCAGCUGCGCCAGUGUGGAGGGCAAGGCGAUGGUCCAAGAUGGCCCACCUCUGAUCCUGCGCUGCCCCAACUGCCCGUUCUUAAGCCUCUGCCAGGUGCGCCUCCAACAGCAUCUGCACCUGGCCAAUUGCUACGGUAGCAUGGAGCAGCAGAGGCGACAGUGUCCAGGCUGUUCGAACAUCUUCUACAACAGCGAUGCGCUCAGCUGGCACCUCAGUCUGGAUCACCAAAUGGAGGACAAUGAGGUGCUGUCCCUGCUCAGCGGAAAGUCCGACGAAGCUCAUGCCAAAAAGAUGAAUCAGGUGCCAAACCAGAACCGACCCAAGAGUCGCAUCUUCAUCAAAAGCGUGGACUGUCUACGGGAGCCUCUGCCGGAUUUCUCGCCUCUUAUGCCAGACAGCGGGUCCACUGGUAACAUCCUGGACCUGCUGGAAGGAGUAGCGGUGGGUGCAUCUCCUAGCGAGCAGACUAUGCCGACAGCACUUGCAGCUAAUGCCCCCGCUCCACCACCGAAGCCCAGCCAAAAGAUAUCCAUCAAGAGCGUGGACGUGCUCAGAGAGCCCGCCCUGCUGUCCUUCGACUUUCAGCUGCAGAAUCAUCAGCUGAUCGCGGACAACGGCCUAAUGGAUGUUGCUGUCGUAGGUCUGGAGCCCGAAAAGCCUCGUCAGCCAAAGAUAUAUAUCCGCAACGUAGACAUCCUUAAGGAACCGAUGGUGCUGCCCUCCGCUCUGCCCGGGAUGGGCUUCAAUGGGAGCCUUCCGGUGGCAGUGGAUCCUGGGCAAGUGGGAUUACCUCUAGGAGUAGACGGGGACGUCUUCCAGGCGGAUGCUCUGCUAACGCCGUCGUGUCCGCUGCCAGGAUUUGAGCCCAGCCUAGCUCCUCUGGCUCAGAUGUGUUCCGAGGCCUUUCCAUUUGAUUCUGUGCUGAACGGCAAUGGAGCACCUGUCUCCAGUCUGGAGAACACACGGUUCAGUGCCUUGGACCUCGAUUUCGGCGUCGACUUUGUUUCGGACGAGGCCACUCCACCUCCCCCGCUGCCGCCUCCUCUCAAUGACCCACUCACAACAAUGGAACCGCAACCUGUGCAGCUGGAGCACUACUUGCCUCCCACUGCUCCCAUCACCACGAAGCAGAAGAUCUUCAUCAAAAACGUAGACAUUCUGAAGGCACCGCAGAGGGGUACCCUGCACUUGCGCACGGUGGACGAAUUAAACCUGAUGAAUCGCACCGAAGUCGAGCACUUGAUCGUGCCAAACCUGGAACCGAUGGCUAUGACCAUGAUGGAGCUUCCGCCCGUGGAGCAGCCACCGCUGGAGCUGGAUGGCCAGCUAGACACGCAACCGCAAACGCUGAACGAGUUCCAGCCGUCGAUCAGCGGAAGUUGGCCAAGCGAGGGUGGCUACGACCUAGCUGAGGAUCUGGAGUGCUGGCCCUGGAUAGAGGAGGCUGUACCAGAAGCUGGACUUGGUCUGCCCACUCCCAGUGGAGAGGGUGGGGCUCCGCCACUCGAGGGUUUGGCUCACGCUGCAGACGAUCUGAUGGUCAAGGACUUUUCGCAGUUGUAUGACUCGCCGCCGGAGGAGAUACAGGAUGUAGGGUCGGGCGAAGGAUCGGGAUCGGGAGGAGGGGCCGUGCCACCUCUGGUGCCCGUUACUUCGUCUGGCAUAACAGCAGCUGUGGUUCAAAGUGCCCCCUUGUGCAGUUUGCCUGUCCCACCGCUAGUUCCUUUGGCCGCCGAGGCGACUGCUGCAGUCGAAAAGCCCGCUCGCAUCUAUGUGGCCAAUAAUCUCCUGCCCCCCGCAGUGGACCCACCGCUGCUUGGAGGCGGCACCUCCGUCCGGGGGCGUCCCUAUGGAGCAAAGCACUCUGGAGGAACAGCCGCCAAAAGGAAGCCUCCUCAGGGUCCCAACCAAGUGCCAGAGGGCGGCAAGUGCCUGGUGGAGGGCUGUAUGUUCCGCUUCAAGUCGCCUGCCACCUUGGAGUAUCACGGGAGGUGCCACAAUGGAGCACUCACCUCCAACCAGCCCAUGGUUUGCCCGGAGUGCAAGUCCAGCAACUUCAGCAACUGGAACUGCCUGCACACGCACCUGUGGCGCACCCACCAGAUCGACAUGGAGCUCUACUCCUGCCAGCUGUGCAGCUUCAAGACGCCCAUCUACUCGCGACUGGUGAACACGCACGCGAAGAUCCACUCGGAGGAGCGGAACUACAAGUGCGAGCAGUGCGGCAAGGGAUUCAAGAACACUAAGCAGCUGAAGAACCACCGUCGACUGCAUCGCACGCAGGGAUUGGGCAUGGGCAGACCGCCCAACGAACCGAACUGCCCCGGAGCAGAAACCAGUCCCAUUGCGAUGCAUCGCUGCGAGGAUUGUGGGGCCGCCUUCAAGCAGAAGAAAACUCUGAGGGAGCACCUGUGCAAGGAACGGAACGAGCAGCUGGAGUGUCCCGAGUGCCAGCGCGUUUUCGGCUCCAAGAGCAGUCUGCGACUCCACCUGCGAAGCCACCAGGAGCAGAAGCGCUUCCGCUGCGACGCUUGCGAUCACGAGGCCAGCGACCACAACGCCUUCCGGCGCCAUCUGGCCACCCACAAGGAGCGGAAGCGCUACUCCUGUCCCCACUGCGACUUCCGGGCCAUCCAGAGCACCGCCUUUCGGAUACACCUCCAGAAGCGCCAUCCUGAACAGGAGCUGUCCUCGAUCAUCUACAAGUGCGACCAGUGCAGCUUCACCAGCAUCAAUCAAGGCCUGCUGCAGGUUCACCAGGCCAAGCACGAAGCCACAAAUGCCGCUCAAGCUCCAGCUCCAUCUCCAGUUGCUGUCCCAGUUGCAAGCCAAUCACAGAUCAAGGUGGAGACCAGUGUGGUUCUCGCCCAUUCCAGUACAAACGUGGCCAAGGAGGUGGCCAUGGGCCAGGCAAAUGCCCUGCAAGCUUCCUAGGGACGAGGUUCUCAUCCCAUCUGUACAUAUUUUAGGGAACAGGUUGUGCGAGAACUCUCACAAAGUAACGCGUAGUUUGUAUCGUUUUAUACCAAAAUAUGACCAAUGUUAUUAGUGUUUAGAAUGAUUACUUCAAAUGUGUGCCAAUAUCUUCUUCUCGAUGUUUACAUACUCUAAAGAAGUGUUUGGAUUGAAUCCAAUUCGCAAAAUGUCUGUUAGUUUCCACAAUUUCUAACUUCGCGAUGCUCCGAAGAUAUUUUCUUUGACCAUUUUGUGUUGUUCUCUUUCUGUAAAUAUUUACCGUAGAAUUUUAAGAUUCUGUUUUUGUACAUACGUAUGUAUAUAAAGGUUAAUUGGGAAAGGUUUUAUUAUUUUGAACUCCAGUUUCAUUCCCUGUAUAUAGCAAGCUCAAAAAAGUGCGACAAUGGCAAGAAAAAAUACAUUUAAAAAUCUGAAAA